AAACACGCACAUGAAUUUUGAUGCGAGUGAAAUUGCAUAGAUAUUGAUUGAACCAUUUUUUUGAAUCUGGAGAUUGUAGUGAAAUUGCAUAGGUAAGGACGUUGGAGAUGGAAGAGAGUAAGCGAGGAACGAUUCUGAUAACAAACGACGACGGGAUCGACGCUCCCGGUUUAAGAGCUUUAGUUGACUCAUUAGUCAACACUAAUCUUUUCAAUAUUCUUGUAUCUGCUCCCGAUAGCGAGAAAUCAGCGGUUAGUCACAGCAUCACAUGGCUUCAUCCUAUAGCUGCCAAACAAGUAGACAUUCAUGGAACCGUCGCUUCCUUUGCCGUUUCUGGAACUCCCGCUGAUUGCACUUCUCUCGGAAUUUCCAAGGCACUCUUUCCUACAAUACCCGAUCUGGUAGUCAGUGGCAUUAAUAAGGGUAGCAACUGCGGCUAUCAUAUGUUGGCAUUAAUAAGGGUAGCAACUGCGGCUAUCAUAUGCACUGUAGCUGGAGCUCGAGAGGCCUUCUUCAAUGAUAUCCCUUCUAUCUCUAUUUCAUAUGACUGGAUUGAAGGAAAGAGUAAUCCACAUGACUUUGCCCUAGCUGCUGGAGUUUGCAUUCCAAUCAUAAACUCUGUAUUGGUUGAGAUAAAGAAUCAAAGUUACCCUGGAAAAUGUUUUUUGAAUAUAGACGUGCCAAAUAAUGUUGCUAACCAUAAGGGUUACAAGCUAACUAGGCAGGGUAAAAGUAUCUUUAAAAUGGGAUGGAGAGAAGUCAGCUCUGAGACAAAAGGACGAAUAAUGUCAUCUGAUAUGAGCAACACAGCAACGGAUACACCUAAAAAUGUUAGCACAUCAUCUGCAUCACCUGAACAUCUUUUAUUUGCCAGAGAGGUACGAGGUGCUGUACUUGAUCAUGAAGACACGGAUCAUAAAUCUUUGAAGGAGGGCUAUAUUACUGUUACUCCUCUUGCUGGUCUCUCCCGUGCGGAUAUAGAUAGUCAGACCUAUUUUGAAGAUUGGCUGCAAAGUGUCCCUAAGCACCUCUCUUCGGCGGCUUUAUAACUCUGGACUGCCAGUUUAUCUGUGGUUUACUCUGGUUCACUGGAAAUAAUACCAACCCAAACUGUUGUUAAAUCAAAAUUUCAGAUCCUUAGCAGUCUGGUUGCUCUCGUAUGCAAACCAUCACUCCAAUGUUAUCAUCACGGUGCAAUAAAAACAUUUCAACCGUUUGUUGUAUGAUUGAAUGAGAAAGCCUAUUUUCUGUAAGCUAAUAAGUAAUGGCAACAACAUAUCAGUCAUUGUUAUAUUGAUAUGAUAGCAAUUCAUGUUAUGUUGUAUUUGUUCACAUGGAUUGCUUAGCUUGUUACAUGAAUGAAUAUAAAGUAACUCUAUAUCAAUUUGAUGGAAAAGCCACCUUUGUUUCUAGUAAAUGGUGACAGAUAAUUUCAUUAAGGUAAUUUAUUGGAGGGAGUUUUUCA